AUGUUUGACUUCAUGGACUUUCAGGUGUUCGGUCCAGGAGAGAUCCUAGACUUCUACUCGACCUCCAGCCCUGCGUGCGCGCUGCAGGACCAGGACCGGGACCAGGACCGGGAUGUGGCAGCGUAUUUCCCGGAGCUGAUCGAGUGUGACUGGCAGGAGCGCCGGAGCUCUCAGUUGGAAACCCACAGCUCCAGCUCCAGUUCUGGUUCAGACGACCCGUUUACCAGCCCGCCCUCCCCUCCUCCGCCGCCGCGCACCUAUAAGCCCUGCUUCGUGUGUCAGGAUAAAUCCUCCGGUUACCACUAUGGAGUCAGCGCCUGCGAAGGCUGCAAGGGCUUCUUCCGCCGCAGCGUGCAGAAAAACAUGGCGUACACGUGUCACCGCGACAGGAACUGCAUCAUCAAUAAGAUCACCAGGAACCGCUGUCAGUACUGCCGCCUGCAGAAGUGCUUCGCCGUGGGAAUGUCCAAAGAGUCCGUGAGGAACGACAGGAACAGGCGAAGGGGGAAGAAGGAAGCGGUGAAGAUGACCAUCAUGGAGACGUACGAGCUGACGGCAGAGCUGGGGCUGGUCGUGGAGAAGAUCUGCAGAGCUCACAGAGAGACCUUCCCCUCCCUCUGCCAGCUGGGCAAAUACACCACAAACUCCAGCUCCGAUCAGAGGAUCCAGCUGGACCUCGGCCUGUGGGACAAGUUCAGCGAGCUCGCCACCAAGUGCAUCAUCAAGGUGGUGGAGUUCGCCAAGCGGGUGCCGGGCUUCACCGGCCUGACCAUCGCCGACCAGAUCACCCUGCUCAAAGCCGCCUGCCUCGACAUCCUGAUCUUGAGGAUUUGCACGCGCUACACUCCAGACCAGGACACCAUGACCUUUUCUGACGGGCUGACUCUGACCCGCACCCAGAUCCACAAUGCGGGCUUUGGACCGCUGACGGACCAGGUUUUCACGUUUGCCGGGCAGCUGCUGCCUUUGGAGAUGGACGAGACGGAGAGCGGGCUCCUCAGCGCCAUCUGCCUCGUCUCUGGAGACCGGCAGGACCUGGAGGAGCCGUCCAAGGUGGAGGUGCUGCAGGAGCCGCUGCUGGAGGCGCUGAAGAUCUACUCGCGUAAACGGCGACCCAGCAUGCCCCUGAUGUUCCCCAAGGCCCUGAUGAAGAUCACCGACCUGCGCACCAUCAGCGCCAAAGGAGCGGAGCGAGUGGUGACGCUGAAGAUGGAGAUCCCCGGCUCCAUGCCGCCGCUGAUCGAGGAGAUGCUGGAGGACCUGCAGAACCUGGAGACCAGUCAGGACACACACAGCACACACCGCUCCGGGCUCUCACUCUGAAGCUGCAAAAAGAUCAAAACAACACGUUUCUUUCUAUCUGACAGAGAUUACUAACAGUUUGA